CUUUUAUCUGUUUGACGAGCUGCCGGUCCUCUCUUUCUCUUGCUGUGAACACCAGUCAAUGAUGUACAGUUACGACCACGACCAACGACCAAGCUGUGUCCGACGCAGCAGAGAAAAGUAAGAGAAGAACAAAAAGGCCAGGGAGCACUUUGAGAGUUGGAGAAGAAACAGCAACAAGCCAUCGCCUUCACUGCACCGCACCUCCAAUCUAUACAUACAAUUCGAGUCUCACACGACUCAUGCCAUGAUGAUGGCACCAUAUCCUACAGGUACAGCAACCGCACCUAUACCUCCGGAAUGGUAUCCGGCAAACGAACACCGCAGCAAUCUCGUCACCGCUCCCGGCAAGCGAAAAGCCGACGACGAACUCGAGUCGCAGUCGAACAUCUCUUCGCAGUUCAAGAAACUCCGCCUGAACCAUGCUAUCCCGUCGCAAACAUUCCCUCAAUCAGCACCUCCUUCUUCCGCGGGCGUCUCAUUCCGCCCUCUCAUCGCCAACACCGACGCUCGACCUGCGAUCCAGGCACCCGUUGAGGCCUCACAUCUAGAUACACACUCUCCAGCCUUCUUCUCCCAGGCCCGGGCCCAGGAAGACCAAAAUGCUGUAAUCACAUCAGGGCUGCCCACUCUCCAAGACUCUGAAUUCAUGACCGUCGACGAGACACCACACAGAGUUAUAAUAACCAACCUCGCCCACGAGAUCGCGCAAAUCGAAGCCGACGAAGCCGCUGCCUCACAAACAGUCUUCCUGCCAGACAUAGACAAGAAGGUCUCUGCUAUACCACAGCGGUUCCUCCAAAGCCACCCUCCUCAAAAUGCAUCUCCGCCUUUGACCCUCAACACAAACACCGCACUAGUUCUCUACCGAGACCCGACCAGCAUCACAGUCCCAGAGGAGGAGGAUGCCGUGCGGAAAGCCAUCAUCGCAGCACGAACACGAGCGAGAGAAAAACAGGCCGCAGAACAGAGAGAAAGAGAUAGAGAGGGGCAGGAACCACUACACGGAACUCGCCAGGGCCAAGGGCAGAACCAAGAUAUGGUAUUCGACGACGCUAUGACAGACCACUCAUCAUACAGAGACAGAGACGAAGAUCUAGACGCGAUGGAUAUUGAAUAAGCGUUUUCGACGGUAGCAUUACAGGCGUUUUGGGCCCAGUCUACCCACUUGGAUGCUUGCGUAGAUACCCGGUUUGCAAUUUCCCAGUCUUUUUUUCCCGCGAGGAUCUCCGCAACAUGCAUAUUAUUACAUCCUUCAGACCAUGGCCCAGACAUUGUUUUGCUCUGAGAGUGCCUGCUCCGACAUAGUCUAAAC